CGGUUUAGGCUGGCGGCUAAGCGUGUUCCACCAUUUGAUGCGCCUUUCGCUUCGAACGCCUUAUACGACCAGUAGCGGCGUAAUGCUCGAUUUCAGUUUUACGCUGUUCGUGUCCGUGCUGCUCGGGCUCGGGCUAAUGUGGCUUGCCGGACGCUACUUUCUGAAGGAGGACGUCGUCUACAUACCGGACAACUGUCGACGGCAUGCGUGGAAAUCGGUAAAGCUUUUGUCGCGAAGCUGCGUCUGUUCCGUCUGCGACACGUCCAUGGCGUCGAAUGGACACUUUUGCGAAAGUUGUGGCGUCUGCUCGGACAAUGGGUGCGUACGGAAGGCGGACGAAAAGUUCCCGUGCAAGCAGCUGCGCAUACGUACCCGGGCGGACGAUGGUUCGACCAGUCGGCAUCUGUGGGUGAAGGGUAAUCUGCCGCUCGGAUCGGAAUGUAGCGUGUGUCAGGAGGACAUCGAUCAGACGAGUGAGCUUGGGUUGUUCGGGCAGCGUUGUGCCUGGUGUCAACGGAUGGCGCACGAUAAGUGCUUUAGUGAGGUUGCCUCUACGUUGUGCGAUUUCGGUCCAUUUAAGGAGAUGAUUUUCCCGCCGAAAUGUAUACUCGCCGCACGAAGUAAGGUCGCACAGAAGGUUCAUCUAACGGGUAUUAUUCCACCAGAAUGGAAAGCUAACUGGCGGCCACUGAUCGUUGUUGCUAAUUCCAAAUCCGGAAGUAGUGGUGCGGACCAGGUGGUCGCACUAAUGCGUGGCAUCCUGCAUCCGCUGCAGGUGUUCGAGCUCGGUCAGCAUGGACCGCACGAAGCACUCCAGUGGGCUAUACAUGCUGCACCGACCCGCUGUCGUAUAUUGGUAGCCGGUGGGGACGGUACAGUAGGCUGGGUGUUAAAUACCAUUUUGCAGAUGAAGGUAGAACCACAUCCGGAGGUGGCGAUCCUUCCGCUCGGCACGGGCAAUGAUUUGUCCCGCGUGCUCGGAUGGGGUGCGGAAGGGCCGGACGAGUUUGAUCCGAUCGAUUACCUGAAACGUAUUGCUCAAGCCGAAACGGUGCAGCUGGAUCGGUGGUUGGCAGAAAUUAAUACACACUCAAGCUUGGCCCGAUUUCAUGUGCCUGGGUUCAGUCAGUCGCGUCACUUUUACAUGUACAACUAUCUGAGCGUUGGAGUAGAUGCACUGGUGACGCUCAACUUUCACAAGGCACGGGAAAGUUCGUUCUAUGUAUUCAGCAGUCGGUUCGUUAAUAAGCUUCUGUAUCUUUGCUUCGGAACGCAGCAAGUAGUGCAGCAGGAUUGUGUGGAGCUGGAAAAACAUCUCGAUCUGUAUCUGGACGAUGUGCGUAUCGAUCUACCCUCGUUGCAAUCCGUCGUCGUGCUCAAUAUCGAUUCUUGGGGUGCCGGUGUAAAAUUGUGGGAAAUGAGCAAAAACUCCCCAACACACAGCAUUAUGAAAGAAAUCCAUAGCAUUUCCGAUGGCAUUUUGGAGGUGUUCGGUGUGGUUUCAUCCUUCCACAUUGCCCAGCUACAGGUGGGCCUCAGCAAACCGGUCCGCUUGGGACAAGCGAAAACAGUACGGAUGGUCCUCAAACGAACGCUACCCAUGCAGGCGGACGGUGAACCGUGGAUGCAAUCGCCCUGUGAUAUUAAUAUUCAACACUACGGCCAAGCAACGAUGCUGAAAGACGUAAAGAAUUGAACGC